CAUGCGCGCCGCUUCCGUCGUGAAUUCGCAAUGCGCCAUGGGAUUGAAUCAUGGCAGCGCCCUUUGGAUGGGGCUGUGAUGAAGUUAUGGAGGGUUAACUUUAACAGUGAGACGCUAGAGAUCAGCAGAACAGAGGUUUAUUAAGUAAAAAUCAGUCAAUAUGAGUGGAAAGCUCCUUUCCAAGUUAAAGCAGCUGGUGUGGUACACCACUGCAUGCAGACAGCUCCAGGCACUAUACUGUGAAAGAAUUUUAAAGACAUCACCUGCAGUGCUUAUCUUGCCAAGCAGUUGUAGAAAAUCUGCAAACUUCCAGAGCUCUUCUUACGCUACCAAUGCAUUUGCAUCUUGUGCUUUUAAUCAGAUGAGGACAUUUUCCACGAAGCAGACCAAGAAUAUGGGAAAACCUAAGAUUCCAAAUGUAAAACAAGCAAAAUUUGAAGUAGAGAUCAAGCAGGGGAUGACAGUUGCCGAACUCGCUCAAGCUAUGAAUAAAGAUAUUGAUCAUGUUUAUGAAGCACUGUUGCACACUACUCUAGAUCUUGAUUCACUUGAACCUGACUCCAUUCUAAAUGAGGAAUGGAUUAAAGAGGCAAUAAAAAAAUCAGGAAUGAAGUACAAAUGGGCAAAGCUGACGGAAAGCAAAGUGAAGGAGAACAAGGAUGCACAAAAGAGGCCACCUGCUGAUCCAUCACAGCUUGUUUUGCGACCACCGGUUGUUACCAUUAUGGGCCAUGUUGAUCAUGGAAAAACUACUUUGCUGGACAGUUUAAGAAAAACACAAGUGGCAGCAAUGGAGGCAGGGGGUAUUACCCAGCAUAUUGGUGCUUUUCUUGUUCAGCUACCAUCAGGAGAAAAGAUUACAUUCCUUGACACCCCUGGACAUGCAGCGUUUUCGGCCAUGAGAGCCAGAGGAGCCCUUGUGACAGAUAUUGUUGUCCUGGUUGUUGCUGCUGACGAUGGGGUGAUGAAGCAAACUAUAGAGUCUAUAAAUCAUGCAAAGACUGCAAAAGUUCCUAUUAUCCUAGCUAUAAAUAAAUGUGAUAAGCAUGAAGCCAAUCCAGAGCGGGUGAAGAAGGAGCUCCUGUCCUACGGUGUGGUGUGUGAGGAAUAUGGUGGAGACGUGCAAGCUGUUCAUAUAUCAGCAGUCAAGGGAGAAAAUAUAAUGGCUUUGGCGGAAGCCACAGUUGCCCUUGCAGAAAUGCUGGAGCUAAAGGCAGAUCCAAAGGGAAUGGUAGAAGGAAUUGUCAUUGAGAGUCGAACAGACAAAGGCAAGGGGCCUGUAACAACUGCUAUUAUUCAGAGAGGUACAUUGAAGAAAGGUUGUAUCCUGGUAGCUGGUAAGGCAUGGGCUAAAGUGCGCUUAAUGUAUGAUGAAAAUAACAAAGGAAUAACACAGGCUGGGCCAAGCACACCUGUGGAGAUUGUUGGUUGGAAAAACUUGCCAUCUGCUGGAGAUGAAAUCCUAGAAGUAGAAUCUGAGCACAGAGCUCGUGAAGUGGUUGAGUUCAGGAAUUAUGUGGAAGGACAGGAGAAAAUGCAGGAGGAUCAGCAGAUAAUAGAUGUCAAGCAGAAAGAACACCGGGAAGUUUACAAGAAGGAACGAGAAGGUUUCAGUCAUCUUACCUGGAGGCAGAGGAGAGCUGCUAUGUACAAGGCAAAUAAGCAUCUUUUGGCAAGCAGACCCAAAGAAAAGGCUGAGAAGGACCAGUUUACUUUGCCAAUUAUCAUCAAAGGCGAUGUUGACGGAUCAGUGGAGGCGAUAAUGGGUAUUUUGGACACCUAUGAUGCAGAUGAGGAGUGUGAGCUCGACGUUGUGUAUGUUGGAGUUGGAGACAUAAGUGAAAAUGAUGUUAACCUUGCAGAAACCUUCUCAGGCAUUGUUUAUGGGUUUAAUGUGGAUGUCAGCAAAGCGGUACAACAGAUAGCUGCAAAAAAAGGAAUACAAAUUAAACUGCACAAGGUCAUCUACAAACUCGUUGACGACCUUAAAGAAGAACUGUGCAACAAACUGCCUCCAACAGUAGAAGAAAAUGAAAUAGGAAAAGCUUCAGUUAUGGCAAUUUUCAAUGUAACUGUGGGGAAGAAAAAAGUGCAAGUGGCAGGCUGUCGAGUACAGAAGGGUCAUCUAGAAAGGAAGAUGAAGUUUAAACUGCUGCGAAGUGGAGAUGAAAUUUGGAAAGGCUCUCUUACAACACUAAAGCAUCACAAGGAUGAUGUGCAGUCAGUGAAGACCGGCAUGGACUGUGGUGUGAGUCUGGACGGCGACAUCGACUUUGAGCCUGGAGACGAGUUGGUGUGUUUCAAAGAAGUGGAAAAGCAGCAAGUAAUCUCUUGGGAUCCGGGGUUUUAAAAUGACACAAAAGGUGUUAGAAGAUGUAUUAAGGGCAACUGCAACAUUUCUGUAGUUUUCAUAAAAAAUACCUUAUUUUAAUUUGAAAA